AUGAGAUCCCUAGUCAAAAGUGGAAAAUUUACUGUAAAUUCAUUUAUUGAAAAUAAUAUUUUUCUUGGUGAUAAAUCAAAUAGUUUGUUAACUAUUCAAGUUACUCCAGUAACAUUUUAUUCAUGUGGUAUUUAUGUUUUCAUGUCUUAUAUGAGUGCAAAAAAAUACUGUGAACUUCUAAAAACCAGCAAAAAUUUAUUACCUUUAGAUGCAUUUGAAGGAUCUUUGACUCUUACUACUGAAUUGAAAAGAGAUACAAUUGGUUUGAGAAGUUUGGAUUUUAACUUGCUAUUAACUGCUGGUGAACUUAGUAAACAUAUUUGGACUAAAAUAUGGAAGGGAUACAAGAAAACGGAUGAAUACCUUGCUAAUAAAUUUUCAGAUUUUAUAAGAAGAAUGGUUAAAGAGAUUAAUACUCGUAGAUAUUAUCAUAAUGCAAGACCUCUUCAAUAUAAUCUAAAGCUUGAAGUUGAGGCUCAAAAGUGUUCUAAAUUGUUAGCUUUAAGAAAAACACUAUUUCUUGAUUAUAAUAGAACCUUUGGAGAGACAAUUGGUAGAUUUGACUACAGACUGGCACCAUUAGUAGUUAAAUAUUGGUAUGAUAGACAUGUUUUUUUCCAAAAUGGUAAAAAUAUCUAUCCUGAAGUUAUCAUGUUUACACAACUUGUCUGGAAAAGUUCAAAACAAAUUGGUUGUUCGGUAACUAAAAAUGGACUUAUACUUUACAUUUGCUGCAAAUUUUACCCAGCAGGAAAUAUUGAAGGAAAAUUUGAUGAUAAUAUAGGCUUAAACUUACAUUCAUUUGCUAAAAAAACGUACCUAUUUAAAUAA